AUGACACCAGGGCUCGUUUCAACUGUGGGUGAGAUCGUGUUUGGGAGAUACAAAUUGGAUCCUCGUUCGUUAAACUUAGAAGAAAAUGACUUUCUUGCCGAGACAAGCUUAGGAGGUGUCGAAGUGAAGUGCUGCUACAAACCGUGUUCCCAAUGGGGUGUUCUCACUGGACUUUGCGGGAAACACGAUAAAUGCCCUGCGUGGCGCUUAGUCAUGGACCUCGAGAUUCAGCAAGGAUUUGGAAAACUUGACUACGCUGCGCUGAGCGUAGGUUUCAAGGCAAGCGCUCCAGGUAAGCAGCCUCGGCACGGUAUCGUGGUGACUGAUGAUUACGGACCUCGAAGGGACAACAGCCAUACCUGGCAAUUUAAUGCCUCGACGUCUGCGACUCAGGAAGAAGGUGACACCCUACGUAGGCGCAUAACAUGGAUGGUUAAGGAGGCCAGGGGUACAAAGGAAUCACAACUCUCGCUUUCUUGGGAGCUUUGGGUGACGGUAAGACAUGAUGGGGACCACCUUUUUGUUAUCAGUCCGGAUGUCUCUGGUCGGCUGCAGGGGCUGGAUAGAAUAUGGGGCUUUUGGCCGAAGGUCCCAAUUCAGCCUAGGACUGUCCAACCUCAAGUCAACGAGGGAAUGGAGCUGAGUCCUCACAGUCCGACAGUGCUGCUGAAGACGUUUCAGAAAAACGCCAGUGAUCAAACAGUGUCACUUACCACUGGACUCGAGAUGGCAAUUGAGCAUUCAGGCCUUUCGGGGUCUCUCUUUGACUCCGAGUCGGUGCUUCAGCCCCCUAAAUCAAAUUUUUCGGCAGAGAUAUGGCUCGACAAAUUGAGCACAACAGUAGGCUCUCGGAUACGUGAGCGUCGACGACAAGGAGACACGGCGGUGAAAGUUGCCGUUCUUGACACCGGUAUUAACCGCGAACAUCCGGCGAUCGAAAAAAAUCGGAGAAAGAACUGCUCUAGCAUAAGGGAUUACCGGGAUUGGACCGACUCUCCUCAUGGUAUCGAAGAUCGCGUUGGCCACGGUACUGCAGUGUGUGACAUCCUUCUACAAGUAGCAAAGGUAGACCUGUAUGUCGGAAAGGUAUCCGAGCGGUCCCAUUUCGAUGACCAAACAGCUGCAAGAGUCGCUGAGGCGAUUAAUCAUGCUGCUUCGAGAACGGGAUGGGACGUUGAUAUCAUUGUGCUAUCUUUCGGGUUUGACCGGCAAGUUGACCCCAUUCGUUUGGCGAUCCAGGACGCCUUCAACCUGAACAAGAUUGUUCUAGCUGCUGCGUCCAAUUCAGGCUCCUUGAGUCUGGAGAAGCGAGUGACCUAUCCCGCCAAUGUCCAAGGGCAAGUCCUAAGUAUUCGAUCUGCUACAGGCUUUGGUUCAAGAUCUCUUGCUUCACCUACGCGCUCAGACGGCGAUGAUAGCUUUAUGAUUCUGGGUGAAGGGAUAAAAGCAGCCUGGCCACCAUACCUAAACGAAUCGGGCUGUAAAACUCGAUAUGUCUCGGGAAGUUCCUUUGCAACACCGGUGGCCGCAGGCAUUGCAGCUCUUGUCCUAGAGUUUUCGAUGCAGCGAGGCAGACACGGGCCCAACGUGUCUCCGCCACAGAGGGCCAUCCUUCGGUCCUACCGUGGACUCCGAAGAGUCUUUCUGUAUAUGUCAACCAUUGACGAUCAGAGCGUGAACAUUGAUUGCCGCAUGAUUGCUCCUUGGAGACUCUUCAAUCCUGAACGGGACUAUGAAGGUCAUAAGUACGAGAUUGAGAUGUUGAUGAACUCGACGUCAUAG